ACUACACAUCUCGCAACAAAUGACAGUGGACGCUCGAAACGGCCACAGAAAGGAAGAACACGUUGACAAUGACGUCCCCGUGAAUAGAAUUACCAGUUUCAACGGCCGGUUGAAUCAAUACUUUCACGCCUCGAAGAAUGUCGCUGGCGCAUCUACAGCAAAGCCACGGGGUCUGCCGGAUACCCUGAAACGGGAUUCGUCGUCGCAGGAGCAGUCUGAAAAUGACUUGCUUGAUAAUUAUAAUGGCUCAGAUGGUUUAUCGCGGUCGAAGCGAAGAAAAGGACCUGGUUUCGCCACGGCGACUCCCACUCCAGCUCCAACGGAGGAGUCCGAGUCUCCAGUACGAAUAACUCGCUCGCGCUCAGCUUCUCUACUACAGACACAACCACCACAGCCAUCCCCGAACACCCGUUCCCGAUCCACGACCACUGUAACAACAACAGCGACGAAGCCAACCAAACGCGGCCGCGGCUCCCGCACCCCCUCCCAAGCACCCGCAUCACACUCCCUCCUCCGCGACACAAUCCCGUUCAACCUAACCCUCCUCCUCGUCGGCGUAAACCCCGGCAUCCUAACCGGCACAACCGGCCACGCCUACGCGCACCCCUCAAACCUCUUCUGGAAACUCCUGUACUGGUCCCGCAUAACAGAUAUCCGCCAUCCACCAAGCGAUACAUACCGCCUACCUGAACUAUACAACAUCGGGAAUACGAAUAUCGUCGAACGACCAACCAGGGAUGCGAGUAUGUUAAGUAAAGCGGAGAUGGACGCUGGUGUCCCCGUUCUCGAGGCAAAGGUUGCCGCGAAAAGGCCCGAGGUUGUGUGUCUUGUGGGCAAGAGUAUCUGGGAGGCUGUGUGGAGAGUACGACAUGGACGGGGGAUUAGGAAGGAGGAGUUUAAGUAUGGGUGGCAGGGUGUAGAGGAGAAAAUGGGGGUUUGUGAGGGGUGGGGUGGGGCGAGGGUGUUUGUGGCUACGACGACGAGUGGGUUGGCGGCUGGGAUGAGUGUUGGGGAGAAGAGGGCUGUUUGGGAGGAGCUUGGGAAGUGGGUUGUUGGGAGGAGGGAGGAGCGGGCCCGUGAAGAGAAGGAUUGCGGGUUGUAUAGUACGGACUAGGAAUACAUAGACAUCUCUAGACUACGAUUCUAUAGACAUCGACUUUGGAGGAACACCGAUCUAUACAGAUUAUGCCUCAGGCGAAGAUAUGUAUCAGGUUAUAUCAGGUGACUUUUUCCAAUUUUUUAUGGUUGUUCAUUUGCCCCUUGCUGAAUGCUACGUCAAGUAUUAGUGAUGUCACUUUGGAUUGAAGUAUUCUACGCCUA